AGCUAGGAGGAGGAGGAGGAGGAGGGUGGCGGAUGCGCUGCUUCUCCAGUCUCGCUCUUCGCGUCUUUGUCUCACACUCUUUGUUAGCCAUGCCUAGCCUACUGGUGCUGUCAGGGAUCAUGGAGAAAAAUGAGGGGUACGGCUCGGAACUGGCCGCCUCCGGUUUUGGUACCGAGAGCCUCCUGGCGCCGCCCGAUGAGGAGGAAGAGGAGUCGCGGGCGCUGCGGGUUGCACUGGGCCAGCUUUCCUUGCUCGGGCUCGGGGAAAGCGAGGAGGGCGCUGGAGUUCAGGAGAGGAGCAACAACAACAACAAUCACCACCACCACGGCCACGCCAACAGCGUCGGCGGCGGAGGAGGUGGUGGAGGUGGAGGAGGUAGUGCAGGAGAAGCCGGGAUCUUACAAGGCAAGAGCAAGUUGUGCUCCCUGUACGAGAGCACCGGUUCUGAGACCAAAGCGCGCGGCUGCAACAUCACCGAGUGUGUGCCUGUGCCCAGCUCAGAACAUGUGGCGGAAAUAGUGGGCAGGCAAGGUUGUAAAAUCAAAGCCUUGCGGGCGAAAACCAACACCUACAUCAAGACCCCGGUACGGGGUGAAGAGCCCGUGUUUCUCAUUACUGGUCGUAAGGAAGAUGUGGCGUUAGCUAGACGUGAGAUCAUCUCAGCAGCUGAGCACUUUUCCAUGCUGCGCGCAUCCCGGAACAAGCUGGGCGUGUCUUUUAACGGUUCCCCGCCCGCCCUGCUGCCAGGCCAGACUACGAUCCAGGUGCGCGUGCCUUAUCGUGUGGUAGGUCUGGUGGUGGGCCCCAAAGGCUCCACUAUCAAGCGCAUACAGCAGCAGACGUGCACGUACAUCGUGACCCCAAGCCGCGAUCGUGACCCCGUCUUUGAGAUCACCGGUUCUCCGGGUAACGCAGAGCGAGCGCGGGAGGAGAUCGAGGCGCAUAUUGCCUCACGCACUGGCACCAUUCACGACCACAACAACGAGAACGACUGCCUGGCCACUGAGAAUGGCACCAACGGCGGCCCAGAGAGUCGCCUGCAGCACGCAUGGGGGCUUCAGGGUGGUCAACGCAAGCCUCUUGCUAGCAGUUACCGGCAGAAUUUCUCUGACGCUGUGCUAGGAGGUAGCGGAAGCGUUGGAGUUGGUAUGGGCAUUUACAGCAAGUCCGACUUCUCGCCCCCUACAAACGGAGACAAGCCGUGUUCCUAUUUCGGUUCUGAAGGUUCCCAGAGCUGGGGUGACCCCGAUUACCCCAAACAGGUAGCCUACUAUGUCCAGCAGCGCUCCAAGAGCUUCGGAGGCCUGCCCUUGCCCUUGACCAGACUGUCUCCGGGUCUUCCGGAACCUUCUGGAACCAGCAGCACCGGAUCCGCCGGCAUAGGGUCGGCCCAUGCCCAGGCUCGGCGUGCCCACAGCGAACCCGCCUCGACCCGGGACUGCAUGACCUGCUUCGAGAGCAAAGUGACGGCCGCUUUGGUGCCCUGCGGCCACAACCUCUUCUGCAUGGAGUGCGCCAUCCGCAUCUGCGAGCUGAACCAUCCCGAAUGCCCCGUCUGCCACACGCUCGUCACCCAGGCCAUCCGGAUCUUCUCUUAAAAAGGUUUUUUUGGUGCAUUGGUUUUAACUAAAUAUUUUUACCUACUUUUAUUAGUUUAGCCUUUGUUUGGUCAGUAUUGGUCAGUAUGCCCCAUGUACGUCUUGCUUUUUUUCAGAAAAUGAAAAAAAUUCAAAACGAGCAGAUAUUUUAGAAGACACUGCUUGCUUUACUAAAAAAAGAGUAAGAAGUAUUUUCAGAUUUUUUCUUUUAUAUAUAUACACAAAUAUGCAUAUAUAUUUUAUAAAAGUUUUGUUAAAAUGGGGAAAAUUUUAACUCUUAAUGUUCCUUUUUUUCUUUUUGCUGUUUAUUUAUUUUUAAUUUUUUACUGCUGCUGUUUUUCCACACGAAUUGCGAUGUGGUCAGAAACAGAAGAAAUAAUGUGAAUGUUUUACACUUUUUGUUUCGUUUUGGAAGUUAUCACCAUUAUUAAUAUUAUUAUGAUUAUUAUUACUAUUAAUAUUAUUAUUAGAUAAUUAUUGGUGUUAAUUUGUACAAUUGGAAAGAAUAUAGUUUUACAUCCCAGCAUUUGUCUGCAAAUAGGCAAAUAUGCUUUUUAAAGGCGAAGUAGAUAAUGACUGAAUCUUAAGUCUAUCAUUGCACCUUAAAACUGAUAGCUUGAUUGUCACUGGAAAAAAAAACACCCGUUAUGUAUUUGUUUAAACCUGUUUUAUGAAGAUGUGGAUUUGGAACACACACACACACACACACACACACACACACACACACACACACACACACAGGAUAUUCAAGCAUUUACUUUGAUCGCAGUCUAAACCCAAAUUAACCCACAAUAACAAACUGAAGGAUGGUUUGUCUUUAGAACAGUUCUGAAUUGUUGAAGGAUUUUGGAUUUGUUUUUUUAAAUGGCACAUAAUCAGUGAUAUAACAGGGGAACAUGCAUCUUUGCUUUACACCUCUUGUAGUUUCUUUUUUGUUUUUGUUUUUAAAGAAAUGAUGUCCUAGUAUUGAGCCAUAAGCUGAUCAAUCGUCUCCAACAUCUUGAGCUUACAUAAAAAAGAAAACACAGCCGUUUCCCCUUUAAUUUCCUUCACGUUUUUUUCUUGGGCAUCUGGGCCAUGAUGAAUAUCCUCACAUUGCCGUGUUUAAGUUCUCAGCGAGCAGUUUUCUAUCUCGGGACGAACGAAACAUAAACUACACGCGAAGGGAAGGUGCUCGCUAAUCUGAGCUUGAAUAGAGCCCCAACAAAAGGAAGAGAAAGAGUCUCUGAGCUAUGGUAGGAAAAUAAUGCAGCUCCCCUGGUCCCCACAUUUAUGAAGUGCCUGCUGCCUCUCCGUCCUUUAUUGAAGCUGUUCGUGAGCAGGUGUUUCAUAUUGUGACCCAAGUUCUUUUUUAGGGAGUGUCCUGAUCCCACUCGCUGCUUAACCGUCCCCUUCCUAGGCUAUAAUGACCACAACUGCUCGGUUAAGCAGGCGUAUUGUUUUAACGCAGCGGUGGGACGUUCCCCGGGGCGCACUGUCGCCCAAUGAGGAGCCCGUAAUUAGUCAUGUGACACAGACCAGGUGCAAGCAACUUGGGGAAAGUCCGUUUUGCCAUGGAUGCUCCAGAACCUUGUGCUGCCCUUACUCCCCCCGUACCAACCUCACAGAAAAGCUUGACUAGGUGCAGCUGGGGCCCCUCCCUUCAUCACUCCAACUCUCUCUCUCUCUCUAUCUCUCUCUCUCUCUCUCUCUCUCUCUUACCCUCCCUCCUCCUUCUGCUCCCCUGCUCCUCUGAGCUUUAGUAUUCCCACUGAGGAAAGGGGCCUCCUUUGUCCUGACGAAGGGGGAAAAAGUGCAGAUUUUAUUUCAGAGUGAGAGAGAAAGAGAGGGCAGAUGAUGGCAGGCUUUCCAUGUGGCAAACGGUUAUUUGUUCGUUUUUUUUAUUUUUUUUUUGAAGGUCACUCGAAACUAAAAUUUCUUCUUUUGUUUACAAAACAAUACAUGCACAUUUUCGUUGGCAAAAAAUAAAUAACUAAAAAUUACAGGCAGAUGGAAAUUGUUCUUAUUUAAUGCUUUCGCCUCGUGCUCCAAAGUUCAGUCCCUCCCCGAAAGAAAUCGGCAGAUCUGACGUGUCCGAGAGGGAGUGUGACUCGAUCGAAGUUGCCAUGGAGGUGUUUUUUUUUUUUUUUUUGAAAUUCGCCAUGUGCAUGACCGUCCUGGUGCAAACACCCCGAUUCACUGAACCCCUCCACUCCCCCUCCUCAAAGCACAGACCCCAAGCCAACGGCCACAGGCAGCCAAUGGGAGCGAGAUGUCCAAGUCCAAAAUGAAAUCAGACAAUUGAAAUUGACAGAAGAGCUGGAUGGACACGCCCCAUUUAGUGGCUACUGGAGCUGAAUCAAAUUACACACCCACCCAAGUCCUGCAUAUCAACCUAGCGGAUUUUUUGGCUGAGCGGAUUAGAGCAUUUGCAGGAUGGGGAAAGUCUCCAUUUUUGUGAUUUUUUUCCCCCUUUAAGAGGGCUGCUGUGUAAGAAAGAAAGAAAGAACGAAGGCACUGAGAAAUGUAGUCCAUCUGAAAUGGGUCAGUUUCGUCCCUCUGGAGACUUCAUGCGGACCUGCCACAUGCGUGGGACUGGUCGGGUGUCGGGGUAAGCUCACGACCGCUAGACAAUAGCACUAGUCGUACAUUAAUCAUCUCCCUGAUGGUCUGUACUGUGUCAGGAAUUCAAUAAGAUGUUUUAUUUCAUUAUUUUCAGCAUGUGGGAGGGGAUUUGUCAAGGUAUGAUCAUUUCACCAAGCAAAUUUUUAGUUUGUUUCGAUUUGUUAACUUAAAAGAGAUCUGAAUCUACUUUGAUUUACAGUGCAACACACACACACACACACACGGGCAUUCUGAUUCGCAAGCAAGAAAUUUGUACUGUUCAAAGAAUUCAAGCUAUGAAAAGCACUUACAUUAAAACACUUACGUCUGGAUAAGAGAGAAGCACCUUAUAUCAAGACAAACAGCAUAUAUCUGAAACCAAACAGCUGGAAAGCAUCGUAGACAACUUAGAAUUAGGGUUUUUUGUUUAUGUUGUUUCAAUAAGUCCUUUCACUUUGCACUGGUUGAAGAUAAGCGAGGAAACGAAUCUCUGGACGCAAUCUGGCCGACGCUGAUUAUUUUGUUCUGAACAGUAGCUACGCUUCUCUUAAAACAAAGUGCAAAGCUAAGAAGGCUUCGUUAACUCUUUCACGAUCAGCACGAGAAUCAUCAUAUUCCUAAAAAGGAUCGACAACGGCCUAUUCGGAGGAAUGUACGUAUGCAGGAUUUGUGUCUAUUUAUUUUUUUUCCUCGACAAAGCCAAAACUGCUAGAAAAAUUAUGCAAAUCACAUUCAGUGGCUUGGAAUUUUUUUUAGAAAAAAAUAAACUGUGCCCGUGUGGAUAUUUUUCACAAAAGAAAAAAGAAAAAAAAAGGAAGUGUUUUCCCGAAUCCUGACGUUCUUCAGGCGAAGGAGAACACACUAGCAAUAACAAUAACUUCUAUUUUAACAGCAGAAUACAACGAUGCGUAGCUUUCAAAGUUGUACAGAACUUCAUACAGCCAUUGCUUAUUAGGUGUACUAAAGAAUUGCAAACAUUUUCUUAAAACUAAACAAAAAAAAAACCAAACAAGCUUGCACAUUGUCCAAUAUUUAGAAAUGCACCAUUCCAGACAUCAUUAGCGUUUAUACUGUGUGGUUUCUCUGACCCGUAAUUUAUCAUUAGCUGAUUUUAGUACUGAAUGAAAUGUGUUCGCAGAGUAAGUUUUGGACGGGACGAAUUUCAGCAAUUCCUUACGUUUCUUUCCCAGCAAAUCACUGAAAAGAGCCAGGUACAUUUUUAACAUAGUAGCAUUUAUUUGCUAUUAAAAAAAAUAUUUGUAUUUACUCAAAUAUAUUCGGAGAUAGCUAUAUCAUAAAAAGAGGUGACUACCAUAGGCAUAUCGCGAGAAUAUAUUUCAGUAUUUAAGCCAAUUAAUGAAACUAUUUUAAAAGUCUUUUGUUGGACAGUUUGUUUAUAUUAUAGUGGGACUAGUUUGAAUCCCAACCGAAGGUUUAAGCUUAAGUUAAGAGUGUUUAUGGUAGCCAAAGUAUUGAAAUGAGAUUUAAAAAGUAAGACAAAUGUGAAAAUGUCACUAAACAUGGCGCUAAAUACGGAUUAAAGAAAAGAUUUGGAGUAAAAAUAUGGAAAACCUGUUACGUCAAAUCAGACCAACGUGAUCAGAAAUUCUGAUCCAAAUAAUUUCAUGUUGAGGAUAAAGAGUCGUUCCUUGAUACAGCUAAUCGAAAUGGUCCAAACGUAUCGAACGUGUUCAAACACGACAGGGCUACAGAUUCAAUCUGUUCAUUUGGAACUGAAGAGGAAAGAAGUAAGAAAGGAAGGAUUUUUUUUUUCAUUUCAGUGCCAACGCGUUGUAUUUUGUGAAGGUAACGUUUAAGAAAACUCUUUAGUUUUGGAGUAAGUACAUAGUGGUAACGUGAUUUAAUAAUCCUUUUAGAUCCAUAUGGGUUAUGCAUGCUGAUUUAUUACAGAGCAUUUACCUUUUUAUAAGUUCAGAUCUGUGGAUAUAAUAGAGCUACAUGUUAUACAGAGAGCUUUAGUAAUGACUUCAUCUAGUGUUUCAAAUAAUGACGUAUUAAGAUUUUUUUCCUCCCCCCCCCUGAACUUUAUCUAUCUAUUAUAGUAUCUAAUGCACAAUUACAUGGCAGUCACGAUAUUUCCAUAAAACUGCAAUCUAACUUUUUUAUUUUUGUUUUUCGAAGCUUUCAUAUCGACAUCUAUGGAAUUUUACUAAUAGAACUAGAAAGAAAUCACUUUGUUGUUAACCCAGUUAGCAGGACUGCAGGCGUUUAUCUAUGAAACAGCAGCAAAGACACUAAAUGCACUAAAAGCAAUUCUAAUGCCUUUAUAAUAUAGACAGGACAGUGCAUUUGAAUGUAAAAAAAAAAAAAAUAACUAUUUAAAAAAGUAAAUAAAUAAAAAAUUCCAGACCACUCCAUCUGUGUAUAAUUUGCCUUUUGGACCAUCAGACAAAAACAAAAGCUUUACGUUUUUGAUGCCAUGGGUUGGGGAAGUCGUUGCUCCACCGUAUCUGUUUAGAUUCUCCCUGUACCAAGCGAGUAAAGGGGGAAAGUCUUAUAACAUUUUUCGUAAGAUUCUAUUUUGCUAACAUGGGUUAUUAUUUCAUACAAAGAGGGAGAAGUCAGUAUCUGGAUGUUAUUUAUGAAUAUCUUAAAAUGAAGCAAACAUAUUUAUAAGUAACUUCGAGACGUUUUGUUUUUUAAUUAAUAAAAAAAAGUGAAAGUUAAUAUAUUUCUAAAAACACAUGAUGUUGAUUUCUACUAAAAUUAAGAUUAUAGAAUUUUUUAUUUAUAAAUAAAAAAAAAAGUUAGAUAAAUCCUUCAUACCUCUGAUGGUGUAAAAUGAGGCGGGUGGUAGGGGGCUUUUAAAGGAUUAUAUUUUAACUUCAGAUUUUCGAGCGUUAAAGAUGGAAUAAGUUCAGGAAAAAAUAAAAAAUAUUUUUUAGGAUUAGGAGGUCUUUUAGUCUCAAGUUUGUGCCUCAAUCACAGUUUAGCACUGCAUCAACACUUGGCACACGUGUUGUUUGCCUGCUGUUCUUUAACUAACCCCAUACUGCUGACUGAACACAAUCCUUUACUCCCUCAUUUCUGGUUUCAAUAAUGUAUAGAUUUUCUUUUUUUAUUAUUAUUUUAUUUCUACUUUUACUUUCAACACUUCAUCUGUAUGGACUACAGUGAAGUGAAUGGGUGUCACAGAGGUGUGUGGAAUGGAGAAGCAGGUGGAUAAUUGUGCAUAUAUACAUUUUUGAGCGUACUUCUACUACAUUACGGAAAAUUCCCCUUACCCAGGCUCUGUCCUUUUAUAUAUAUAUUUAAAAAAAAAUAAAAAUAAAAAAUAAAACAGUGUGCUUUGAGUGUUUUGAGCAUUGCAUUAAAUAUUCAAACGCCCCCCACGUUUCCCGCGUCUCUAUCUCGGCGUAAUGUAGUAGAUCUAUGCUGAUUUCAGUAAACACAGAACACACUCAUAUAUCCUACAACACAGUAGUUUGCAUGUAUCUUGUAUCAUCGCCAGGCUGGAAAACGGUACUAAAUAAUGUUUUGUUGCGUACAAGUGAAGGCUUUCUGUACACACUACACUAAAGGGCUGAUGAAUACUUGGUUGGGUUUGUUUUUUGUUUCGUUUUGUUGUUUUUUUUUUUCGCUUGUAGAUUUUCAUCACUCUGGCAGGAAAAUGUCUAACAGCGGCUCGUUAUGUUGAAGGACAGCCUCAGCUCUUACAUGGUGAAAUUGUAUCUCGACAGUUUUGACUUCAUAAUGGCAAAGCUAAUUGUGUAGCGUGGUUUUGAUUUGUUUCAGUAUGAUAGUGACACAAAAAAAGGGCGGGGUCGGGGGUUUACGGGGGUGAUCAUGUUCUUUUGGGCUUGCUUUGGAUAAGGAACUCCAACUCCAACAGUAUGUCUUUGGUAGCUUUCAGAAUCUUCAGACUCAGUAGAAAGAAAAAAAAAGUGUUUCAUAUAAAACUCAUGUAGUGGUCUUAGUGCAUUAGUUUGGACCGGCAUCUCCUGCUCUAAGUGUUUAGGUUCUUGUUGGUGAGUGGGAAAGGUUUGCCAUACCAUAGGGUUGGUUUUGUUUUUUUUUGGCUAGCCAAUACUUCAAAACCUUUUUUUAUUUCUUUUUUCUUCUUCUACUUCUUCAAGCAUAUGAUCAUUCAUGUGGUGCCCACACGAGGCAUACGAUUUUGCAGGUUUAUUUCUUAGCACAUGUUCUCUGUGAGUUAAAAAGUUUUUCUUUUGUUUUUAUAUUUGACCAAUGUAUGUAUGCCAUACUAGUUUUUGUUAUUUUAUUACUUUCCAAACAUGUAUUGUAAAUGUUUCUAAUAAAAUCAAUUUAAUAAUCUUGAUGAAAUCUGUUGAAAUUCCUGUUAUCUAACAUCGGAUUACAUUAGAUUACAUUAGAUUGACGAGGCGAGCGGCUAAAAGCCAAAAAAAAAAACACGUUUAUUUUUAUCCAUAUAUACAGAUUUAUGCAUCAACACAACGUCACUUUUUUACAUUUCACCCCUUCAUACAUAAAAAUUUUUUCUUCCCUUACUUUUUUUUUCCUCCUCCAUUUCUCUUUGGGUUUAUAAAUUCAUGAAUAAGAUGAAAUGAGAGGUUUGGGUUCUCUCCGGAUUACCGGACGAUUGUUUCGUUUAAUUAAAGCAUUUCCGAUCUUUGGAGCAAUAAUGCAGUACUUAAGCAUCUAGCAAUAUCUUGAAACAGAAAAAAAAAAAAAAAAACAUUUGCAGCCACAUGAACUGUACUUAUAUUUGGUGAGAGGUCAUCCUGGUACUUGAGGAAUUUUAAAAACACCUCGACACACAGAUCGAAUCUAGUGUUUUUGAGAACGGGGUUAAUGCCAGUGACGAGUGCUGAACGUUAGGUUCUUCUCAGACCUGGAAUUUAAUCGAAAAAGGCUUCCUAAUUGACAGAAA